AUGAGACUCUCUUUGAUACUUUCUGCCCUGCUCCGCACACUUUGGUAUGCCAACUUAGGGUUAGCCAUUCACAACCCCGUCAUCCCCGGCUGGAACCCUGACCCAGCUGCCAUCCGGGUUGGCAGCGAGUAUUUUAUUGCUACCUCGUCAAUGGAGUACUGGCCGGGCAUACCAAUCUAUCGGUCGACUGAUCUGCAGCACUGGGAGCUGUACUCGCAUGCCCUCACGCGACCAGAGCAACUGCAGUUAAAUGGAGUUCCAACCAGCGCAGGGGCCUGGGCACCGUCACUGAGCUUCAUCGAUGGGAAGUUCUACCUCGCCACAUCUGUCCGGUGGACCUACGACCCGGUCGCCAAAGUAUGGCCUCGGGUCUUCUGGGUAUCCUCACCAGACCUCAAGCACUGGUCAGAUCCUGUCUGGUCAGAUCCCUGGGGGAUCGACCCAUCGCUGUUCCAAGACCCGACCACAAACCGGGUGUAUCUCAACGUGAUGGCGCCGAACAAUAAUAUUGACAGACUGUGGGGCAUAUACCAGUGCCAGGUCGAUCUAGUCACUGGCCGCUGUGUGGGCGACUACCGUUCUCUGUGGAAUGGCACCCAACCGCAUACCGCAGACGCCCGCCCAGAAGGCCCAAAGAUGUUAAAGCGCGGUGACUGGUAUUACUUAUUGAUAGCAGAGGGGGGCACCGAUGAACUCCAUCGAGCCACCAUUGCCCGUUCUGCAUCCCCCACAGGGCCCUGGGAGCCAGCACCCAACAACCCCCUACUAUACAACGGCGAAUUCGGCUUCAACAAUCUCACCGUUCAAUCAACCGGCCACGCAACCAUGUUCGACACCGACCGGGGUGACUGGUAUGCGGUUUUCAUCGCCCGCCGCAACAUCAACGGCGCAUCGCCUCUUGGCCGUGAGACUUUUCUAUGCCCGGUCACCUGGAGAAAUGGAUGGCCUGUCUUCAAUAACGGUGAACCCAUUCUGCUGAAUACUGGCCCAAAAACGACCUCCUCCCCAGCGCCGUUCGUGGAUACAUUCAGCAACGGUACAUUGCAUCCAUCCUGGUAUCAGCUACGAACUCCCUACCAGGAGAUCUACACCCUACGGCGAAAUGGCGUCUCCGACUUACCAGGUCUGGUGCUCCAUCCUAAUGUCUUCUCUCUUAGUGACCGCGAUGUGCCGGCUGCUCUCCUCCGCAAGCAGAAGUCCCUUAACACUACAUUUUCUGCCGCUCUCUUGCCACUCAAAGACCACGGAUCCCUCGGCGUGAGGCAGUCGGUCGGAAUCAGCGCCUACCUUAGCGAGCUCCAGCACCAGGACAUCGGUGUUACCGGGUGUAAGGACGAUGCAGGGAUGAUCUGUAUAUACACUGCGCUGCUCAACAACGGCACAGAGGAGUAUACGCAGUACCCUCUCAAGGGCGUAGUAUUUCAGCAAACCAUCACUCUCCAUAUACGAGCGGAACCUCUCGAAUACCGCCUGGGAUACAGCGCUGGCAAUUCAGCAGUCAAGUGGCUGGCGUCGUUCCCAUCGUCCUGGAUGGCGGUCGCCCCGCCAGAUUGGUUUGUCUUCAGCGGUGCCAUGUUUGGGUUAUUUGCAAGUGGAAACGGGGAGCCCUGGCCUAAUAGUGCACCGGAGGUGGGAUUUCGGAGUGUCAGGGAGGUUUAUCAUCAGGAGAACAUUCCUGAUUAUGACCGGUGGUGA